AUGAAUAUAUACCGUUUGAUCAAAUUACUAACACUGUCUGUUGUGUGUGGUAAAAUCACCAAAGAUGAUCUAAAGGCGAUACAGCAGAUAAAAAUAGCACAAGAGUCAUCUGUAACACUUGCUAUAAACCCCACAGGGCCUCUUACCAUGCUGUUUGAAUAUAUUUCUCACAUUGCAGGAUUUAUGCAUAACAAGAGGUUUUUUUCUCCAGAAAUUAAAACAUGCUAUACGCUUGAAAUGCAUCCAGUGUCGACAAAUCCCGUGAGCAGAUUUAAUUCAAAGUUUGAGAGAAGCCCAGUAGAUGAUAAAGCAUAUCAAACUGAAAGCCUUGGCUCUAAAACACCAAAGUAUGUUAUUGAGUAUCACAAAAGGCUAAUCAACAUGUUUCCGUCCGCAACAGGAGAUCUAUCUAUCCAAGCAGGAAGGCCUGAUGCACUGACCCGAUUUCUAAAGGCCGAAUCUGUGAGCUUUCAUGCGCCUGACAUUCUUGCAGCACUGUUUCUUCUCUCUGAGGGAGUGGAUAUUGAUAUUAAAAUUGAAAAUGUCGGUAGUGUGAAAAGUCUUGUUCUGAGAAAAAGAAAUGGACAGGACGAGCAUUUCCGUGUCAAUAUGAGAGUUAUGGAGUACAACUGGAAUAUUAAAAAGGAAGAGGAAGUAUUCCAUAGUGAAACAGCUGAGAUAAUUAGCUUUUUCAUUCGAAACACCGAUAGCUCUUUUCUGAAAGUAAAUAGAAGAUUUUCAGAGCCAAAGUCUUUUGAUCAGUUUGUAGAGGGACACUUUCUAGACACGCCAUCAUUCCUAAUACAGUCUUAUAUAUUUGAAUUUAUGAAUAAUGCAGCAGAAGUAGAAAAGCUAAUUCGAUCUGUCUAUAACAUUCUGCAUGAGUAUGUAUCCGAGCCAGAGGGAAAGCAGCACCCAAUAUCACGCAAGCUUGCUAAUAAAGCCCAAAAGGUAUUUAAUAGCUGCUUUAUGCCAGAAGAGUCUUGCCCAGAUAAAAUGGAAUACUUAGACAUGCUUCAGGAUAUUCAAAAAGCUGUAAGUAUUGCUAAGGUGUUUCCCUUCUCAGAUGCUAGCCAGCUACCCUCCUACAUAAUUAUUCCAGUGUACAGACGCAAGGAAAAGAAGUUUUGUACACAGAAAAAGUUUAGCAACUGUGUAGAAACAUGUCUUCUUUCUCUGUUCUGCUGCCUUGCGUAUGACAUCAGCAAAGAUGAAUACACAACAGAGCACAUAGAGAGUGCGUCUGAUCACUUAAAAAGAUUCUUUUCCACGAACUAUAAGCCAUUUGAAAGCACUGAUUUCCAGAUGCACCUGGACUGGUGCAAAGUUGUGUCAGAUCUAGAUUGCCCAGAUAUAGACUACACUCAUGAAAGAAAUGAGAUUCAGACGGGAUUACUAAAUAUUUUGUGCCUCAUUCUUAAAAUCACCGGGCGGUCUCAGGAGGAGCGCAAUACCAUCUCGCAGAUUAUAAAAGCUCUGAAUGCAGGCAUAGAUCCAGCUGUAGAAAUAUACAGCUGGCUAAAGGAGUAUAUGCAAUACCUCUUCCAGUCACUGUUCAAGAGUGGGACCAUAACAGUAUGCUGCAGCUCUCUCUACAAAGCAGCUAGAGCUGGAGGGAAAAUAGACAUUUUUGGGACUAUUUCUAUAUCAUCGGUGUUUAAUGGAAUCGAAAACAAGCUUGAAUUGAACCUAACCUAUAGACAUACAGAUAUCACUGUCCUCCCGCAGAAGAUGGUUUCUUCAUGUGAACAGCUUUUAUUGCUAGAGAGCAUUGAGGGCAAGCUAGUGCAGAAAAAUAACAAGCCCAGUUACCUUCUUAGGCACUAUGUUCAUAUAAUGACAGAAAAAUUCAAACUACUCCAAAUAACUACUGCUGUUGAUCGCAGAGAGGAAAUAAUGUGCAUAAAACAUAAUAGAUUUAGGGAAAUCAACAAACUACUAAUGCUCGGAAAGAUAUAUGAAAUACAAUACAAGAAGGAGCUUUUUGCAUGUAUUUUAAUGUAUGCUUUGGAUGAAAACCUAACCCUUGAGCAUCCUGAGCUAAAGCUUGCGCUAAACAUUCUUGGAAGUACGCCACUUAGUGACUUCAAUACUCAAAUAACAAUGAUGCCAAGUCUCAAAUACAGCGGAAUAUAUAAGCUAUGCAGUGAUCAGAUUCGAAUAUCAGAAGAGGGCUAUAAUUCUAUUCUAACAUACACAUCUGAAACAAACAACAUCUUCUCGUAUGUACUGGAUAUGAAUGAUCCCGAAUAUUUGCUUUCUUUUCUGGAGGCAUUCAUGCAGAUAGAAUUUACCUGCGCAAUUACAUUCUCUCCAUUAAAAACAGCUGUCUAUACGGAAAAAAUCUUUGACUUUAUAUGCAGAAACAGCUGCAUGGACUGCAUAGAGAAAAUUGACGGCCUUAUAGAGAAACACUGGAAGAAAGAUAAAAAAAUGAAGGAAAGCCUGCAUGCUUCUUGGUUUUUCUAUGCAUGCAAUAGCUCAAAUCCUAUGCCUUCAUUAAUAGUAAAGUUCUAUGGUAUGCUGAAUCAAUCUAUAAAUACAAUUCAUUUCAUGUAUACAAAUAGAAAGACAGACUCUAAAAACAUUUUAGAAGUUAUUAAUGGCAUGAAAGAUACGCUGUGCUCAUUGGAAGGAGGGCGAAUUAAGUUUGACAAUGUGCUUUUCACGAUUUCUCGUUUGCAGGAGAUAAGAUAG